AUGAGCUGGACUUGUCCACGUUGCCAGCAACCAGUUUACUUCGCCGAGAAAGUGAGCUCCUUAGGCAAGAACUGGCACCGUUUCUGCCUGAAAUGUGAGCGCUGCCACAGCAUCUUGUCCCCUGGUGGGCAUGCAGAGCACAACGGGAGGCCAUACUGCCACAAGCCUUGCUAUGGGGCUCUCUUUGGACCUAGAGGGGUCAACAUUGGUGGUGUGGGUUUCUAUCCCAACAGUCCCCACGCUCCCUCCCCUACCAGCAGCAUUUUCCUCAGCCCCAGCAACUUUAGACCCCCAAGGCCAAAGGCUGGCCUCCCCCAGGCCAAGAAAAGCCCUCCCUACAUGAAGACAUUUACUGGGGAGACCUCACUGUGCCCUGGAUGUGGAGAACCUGUCUAUUUUGCGGAGAAGGUGAUGUCUUUGGGCAGAAACUGGCACCGACCCUGCCUGAGGUGCCAACGUUGUAGGAAGACCUUGACUGCUGGGAGUCACGCGGAGCAUGAUGGCAUACCCUACUGCCACAUCCCCUGUUAUGGAUACCUGUUUGGCCCCAAAGGUGUGAACAUUGGCAAUGUGGGCUGCUAUAUCUAUGACCCAGUGGAGAUAAGAUCCAAAUGA